GGUAUAUCGAUAGGGACAGCUUUGUCAUACAAAUGUAGAUAAAACCCUCUCCUCCACGGCAGGUACGAAAGUCAAAAUUUUGGCCAUCUUACAUUUUGAGUUUCUGCCCACUCCACAAAAUUCCACUCGUGACUUUGUUCCAAAAGUGGGUAUUCAAAUCCUUCAACACUCGUGUAUACAUCUUCUCAUAUUGCCAGACUUCUAGCAUUAGCCCUGCAUAGCACUUUUGCUCACGUCGCCAAGUCCUCGAAGUUUGUGCUUGCCGAAACAUCACUAUGUCUUCAAGAUCUUCCACCUCAGAACCACCUACACCCUCUUUCUCAAAGCCAGUCCGCUGUUGUGCCAACUGUCACAAGACAGAAACUUCUAUGGGAAGCUUCCCCAGUUGUGAGCGGUGCAAAACUCCUUACUGUUCUCGCGAUUGUCAAAAGGCCGACUGGCCGAAUCACGAACCAAACUGUAAAGAACGCUAUAAAUUCAGUAUAACAAUACAUGGCGAUAACAUUCCAGACGGUUUGGAUAUCGAAGCUUUGAAGAAGAAAGCCGAACAAGAUGGCAAAGAGUUCCAAUUUAUUCAACUGCCUUCAGGUCAAACGGGCGGCGGAUCGAAGGGAGAAAAGAGGUAGAAAAUCAAGCUUGGUAAAAGAAACCAUCAUAUUGAUAAUUGGGCAGAUAUAUCUGAUCUAAUUAUGGUGAUGAGAUGUUUGAGCAAUGCAAAGAUCACGAUGAAUGAUAUGCAGCUUGUUGGCAGUGCCGGUAGUUGGGAAACAGCAAGAGAAUUGCUAGUGGGUGGUAGACGACUGCAAUGGACUGAAAUGAUUUUCCAGAAUAGCUGAAUGAGGAUACUCGACUAUUAUAAGAGGCGUAAUAUGGCGGGAGUACCGGUUUAUAUCCAGGGGGCAAGAGCGAUGGAUGGGUCGUCGGAUUUGAUGUGACGUUGAGAAACCGUGUGGUGCUACCAACAUGACAUAUAUAUUUCCAAAGUUAAACAAAUGUAACAUAGAAAUGUGACA